CACGUGCAGUAGUCAUGGUUCAAGACGCACAGAGGUUUAUCGUAACUCCAGCAGUCGGGUGAGGAUGACUUGGAAGCCUCUGCAAGAUCCUGGAACAGACACCACGUUAAAUAAUGUAUUCUGAGGUAUACCAGAUACCUGAGGAAGGGCUCUAAAUAAUGCAUUUUCUGGGCAUGACAGUUGUAGCAGAAGAGAAUGUUGAAACCUGUGGAAAGACUACAGCCUGAAAUGAAAGAAUGUCUCAUUACCAUUUUAUCAAAUGCUGCUGUUUCCAGCUAUGUAAUGUUUUCCGGUCCCAUGAGAUGGAAAUUGAGCAGUGCUUGCUGGAGUCCCUCCCUCUCGGCCAGCGGCAGCGGCUGGUGAAGCGGAUGCGCUGCGACCAAAUCAAAGCAUAUUAUGAACGAGAAAAAGCCUUCCAGAAACGGGAGGGCUACGUGAAAAAACUGAAACAUGGAAAGAGCCAUCGAGUUCGUUUUAAUCUGGCUGAUAUGAUACAGGAUGCAAUCAUACGUCAUGAUGAUAAAGAAGUGCUACGGUUAUUGAAGGAUGGUGCUGACCCUCAUACAGUUGUUUCCUCAGGAGGCUCCUUGCUCCAUCUGUGUGCCCGCUACGAUAAUGCAUUUGCUGCAGAAAUUCUAAUUGACAGAGGAGUAAAUGUAAAUCAUCAAGAUGAGGAUUUUUGGACUUCAAUGCAUGUAGCCUGUGCAUGUGAUAAUCCUGAUAUUAUCCUGCUGCUCCUACUAGCUGGAGCAAAUGUGCUGCUGCAGGAUGUUAAUGGAAACAUUGCACUUGAUUAUGCCAUAGAAGGGACUGAAUCUAGCAGCAUCCUUCUGAUGUACUUGGAAGAAAACGGCGUGGAACUGAAUUCAUUGCGCCAAAUGAAAAUACAGAGACCUAUGACAAUGCUUACAGAUGUCCGACAGCUCAUAGCAAGUGGAGGAAGUGUGAAUCAAAAGAAUGAUGAAGGAGUUACCCUGCUGCACGUGGCCUGUGCUAAUGGAUACAAGAAUGUUGCAUCUCUGAUACUGGAACAUGGGGCUGAUCUCAAUGUAGUGGAUAAUCAGUAUUGGACACCCCUACAUUUAGCUGCAAAGUAUGGGCAGACAAACCUUGUGAAGCUGCUUUUGAUGCACUGGGCAAAUCCCAAUCUUCUUAACUGCAAUAAUGAAAAGCCUUCAGAUGUUGCAGCUUCUGAGUUUAUUGCGGAAAUGCUUCUGAAGGCUGAAAUUGUUUGGGAUGAAAAAAUGAAAGACCCUUUAGCUGUUUCUACUUUAUCUCAAGAAGAGCCAUAUGAAGAGAUCAUCCGUGAUCUGCCCAGAAUUACCAAUAAACUCAAUCCCUUGGCUUUACCUAUUGCCAAGCAGGACAGUUUGCUGGAGAAAGACACCAUGUUUAAAGAUGCAGCUAAAGGUUUAUGUAAGCAGCAAUCUCAAGACAGUGCAUCUGAAAAUGUCACUGUGAACACUACAACCAAACUUGAACAGAUUAAGCUGAUGCCUCCAGCCCCAAAUGAUGACCUAGCUUCCCUGAGUGAGCUAACAGACAGCAGCCUGCUUUAUGAGAUUCAGAAACGUUUCAAUAAUAACCAGAUAUAUACCUACAUUGGUGAUAUACUGUUGCUUGUUAAUCCAUUUAAAGAACUUCCUAUUUAUUCUACCAUGGUCACCCAGCUUUAUUUGAGUAACUCUGGAAAACUGUGUUCCUCGCUUCCUCCACAUAUAUUUUCCUGUGCUGAAAGAGCUUACCACAUGCUAUUCCAGGAGCAGCGUCCCCAGUGCUUUAUCCUCAGUGGAGAAAGUGGUUCUGGGAAGACCGAAGCCUGCAAACAGAUAGUGAAGCACCUCACUUGUAGAGCCAGCUCUAGCAGAAACACCUUUGAUACAAAAAUGAAACAUGUAAACUGUAUCUUGGAGGCCUUUGGACAUGCUAAGACACCCUUGAAUGAUUUUUCUAGCUGUUUUAUAAAAUAUUUUGAGCUACAGCUUUGUGAGAAGAAAAAAGCAUUAGUUGCAGCUAGGAUUUAUACAUACAUGUUGGAGAAGUCUCGUGUCAUUAUGCAACCUCUCAACCAGAGUAAUUUUCAUGUUUUUUACUUGAUGAUGGAUGGGCUGUCUGCUGAAGAAAAAUACACCCUGCAUCUCAGUAAUUUGUCUGCACACAGGUAUCUAAGCCAGACUGUACUGGAAGAUACGAUGUUAACAGCCAACCCUCAAAACAGGGAGAAAUUAGCCAUACUAAAACAAGCUCUAGGUGCCAUGGGAUUCAAUAACCUGGAGGUGGAGAACCUGUUUGUAAUUCUCUCAGCAAUUCUGCAUCUUGGAGACAUACGCUUCACAGCUCUGACAGACGCUGAGACAGCAUUCGUGUCAGACCUGCAGCUACUGGAACAAGUGGCAGGGAUGCUACAGGUUUUACCAGAUGAGCUUGCUUCAGCCUUAACAACUGAUGUUCAGUAUUUUAAAGGAGACAUGAUUGUACGGAGACACACUAUUGAGAUUGCAGAAUUUUACCGAGAUCUCUUGGCAAAAUCUCUAUAUGGUCGUUUAUUUAGCUUUUUAGUCAACACAAUCAACUGCUACCUUCAAAAUCAAGAUGAGACUGGCAGUGACCAGGUAUUUGAAAUUGGAAUACUGGAUAUUUUUGGAUUUGAAGAAUUUCAAAAGAAUACUUUUGAGCAGCUGUGUGUCAACAUGACCAAUGAGAAGAUACACCAAUAUAUCAAUGAAGUGCUUUUCCUACAAGAGCAAGCAGAAUGUGUACAAGAGGGAGUUACCAUGGAAACGGUGUAUUCUGCUGGUAACCAUACUGCAGCCUUGGAUUUUUUCUUUCAGAAACCAUCAGGCUUUUUGUCAAUACUGGAUGAAGAAAGUCAAUCUAUUUGGUCAGUGGAACAGAGUCUGUCUAAGCGUAUUCAGUCUUACCUGGAUACAUUAGAUACAAAUACAGUCUAUUCCUCCACAAAAGAUGGAAAUGGUAACCUUGCCCCAAAGGAUCAGGGCUCCACCUUCACUGUUAUGCAUUAUGCUGGGAGGGUUACUUACGACGUUGCUGGUGCAAUAGAAAAAAAUAAAGAUUCCCUUUCACAAAAUCUUGUAUUUGUAAUGAAAACCAGUGAAAAUGUAGUCAUCAAUCAAUUGUUCCAGUCCAAACUGACACAAACUGGAUCACUUGUUCCACCAUAUCAUUCCCUUAAAAUCAAAGGAUGUAAAGCAGCUUUGCUGAGUAAAAAACCAUCAGUAGCGUGUGCAAGUGGAGAAGCAAAGAAAUAUAUUGAGCUCAGCAAGCUGUUGAAAAAGAAAGGAACAUCCUCAUUUCUUCAGAGACUGGAACGGGGGGGCCCAACCACUGUGGCAAUACAGCUCAGGAAAUCACUCACAGAUAUUAUUGGGAAGCUGCAGAACUGCACAGCCCAUUCUGUUCAUUGUAUAAAGCCUAAUAACUCCAAGUUGCCAGAUACUUUUGACAAUUUUUAUGUGUCUGCUCAACUCCAGUAUAUUGGUGUUCUAGACAUGGUCAAAAUAAUACGACAUGGAUACCCAGUACGUCUCUCUUUCACAGACUUCUUGUCAAGGUAUAAAGAUUUGGCUGAUACAGCAGCAGGAGAGAAGAAGAAGUUGUCUGCCAAGGAGAGAUGUCGUCUUGUUCUUCAGCAGUGUAAAUUACAAGGCUGGCAGAUAGGAGUCCGAAAAGUGUUUCUUAAGUACUGGCAAGCUGACCAUCUCAACGAUUUGUGCCUUCAGCUUCAGAAGAAAAUUAUAACCUGCCAAAAAGUUAUAAGAGGAUUUCUAGCUCGCCAGCACUUGCUACAGAAGAUGAGCAUCAAACAGCAAGAGGUCACCUCAGUCAAAAGCUUCUUGCAGAACGCAGAGGAUAUGGGAUUGAAAACAUAUGAUGCCUUGGUCAUUCAAAAUGCUUCUGACAUUGCUCGGGAAAAUGACCGGCUCCGCAAUGAGAUGAACACUGCUUAUCAGAGGGAAAAGUUAGAAUCUAGAAACAGACCAGAAGAAGGUCACAAAAGGUAAGAUGAGAAGACAUCUAUGAAGCAUUUCCAUUCGUGCUCUGUCCCUGUCCCCAUGGCCGUGGAUGGCUUGGUACAGUCUGCGGCUGGGUCAUCCAUCAGAUCCCCCUCCCUACACUCUGUGUUCAGCAUGGACGAUAGCAAUAGCCUGCCAUCACCAAGGAAACAGCCUCCUCCCAAACCAAAGAGGGACCCCAACACACGACUCAGUGCUUCAUACGAGGCUGUUAGUGCCUGCUUGUCAGCAGCUUCUAAGGAGACGGCUAAUGAAGUACUGACCCGUCCAAGGCCACAUAGUGAUGACUAUAGUACCAUGAAAAAAAUACCUCCUAGAAAACCAAAACGCAGUCCCAAUACAAAGCUGAGUGGCUCUUAUGAAGAAAUACCUGGCCAAAAGCCUGGGGAUGUAAAGCAGACAAGCACAGUAGCUAAACCAGGUGGCUAUGACACUGUGACUGUACAGAGAGUGCUUUCUGCUGAUGGACCACAACAUGGUGUGUUAAAUCUCUACAUGUCACAAGAAGAGGAGGAAAAUGAACCAGUCUAUAUCGAAAUGGUAGGGAAUGCAAUGAAAAGCGGUUCUGCUGAAGCAGAAAGUCCAGAACAAGGAGAGUCUGUAUAUGAAGAAAUGAAGUAUUUUCUACCAGAAGAAGUAAGCAAUGGCAAUGGAGUAAUUCCGGUAGCUUCUGGAUCUCCUCCUCUGUUUUUUGAAAAUGGAAACAGUCAAGCAGCUUUGAUCUAUAAAGACUCAUGUGACAUUCCAGCCCCUUUCCCUAACUUGCUCCCUCACAGGCCACCACUUCUUGUAUUUCCUCCAACCCCUGUCACGUGUUCACCUGCUUCUGAUGAAUCACCUCUAACACCUCUAGAAGUCAAAAAGCUUCCUGUCUUGGAAACCAACCUAAAAUACCCUGUGCAGUCAGAAGGCUCAAGUCCAUUAUCACCACAGUACUCUAAAAGCCAGAAAGGGGAGAAUGACCGACCAGCAUCUCCAGGCUUGGCCGUGUUCAAUGUUACCAGCAAAGUGACUCCUCCUUCCACACCACCUCCUCCUCUCCCACCACCCCCUCCUCCUGUACCACCUCCUAUUUCCUACCGAGCUUCCACACAUUUUGCAUUUCCUCCAGAGACUUGUGCUAGUUUUCUGAUUAAUACAGGGAAAACAGGUGCAAGCUCAGAUCUGUCAAAAAUUCCUCAGAGACCAAACCCUGCUCAGCUUGGAUGCUCAUCAUCUCCAUUCUCCAAACUGCCGUACUCCCCAAAGGUGGCAAGAGCAGAUCACAGGAAAUUGAACUCUAAUUCAUCAUCUUCAUUUCCGUAUAGCCCUACAAACUCAAGGUCAUUGACCAGUCCCCUUGAUGAGUUAACUAGUUUGUUCAACUCAGGACGGAGUGUGCUACGAAAAUCUGCAGCAGGACGUAAGAUCAGGGAACCAGAAGGUGAUGAAACUAAUCUGAACUUGAGGAGCAGGGAAGAUCCAAGUGCAUCAGAUAUUGCAUCAGAAACCCAGGAUAAAAAUGCAAAUAACCAUGGAACUCAGUCAUCUAAUCCAUUGUCCAGUUCUGUGACUGCUGAAAAUGGAAAUUCAGUAUCAAAUGGUCUACCAGAGGAAAAUGAAUAUUCAAGACUGUCAGCCAGCACUACGGCAGGCUCGUCGAUUCAAAGACAUAGGGAGAGCCACACUAGUCAGGUUAUUCAUCAGCUUAGGCUUUCAGAGAAUGAGAGUGUGGCUCUGCAAGAGCUUCUAGAUUGGAGGAGAAAGCUGUGUGAAGAGAGAGAAGACUGGCAGCAAAUCUUGCACAACACUGAGCAAAGAAUCACAGCCCCACCUCCACCCCCUUGUAAAAAGCCAACACUGCUGAAGAAGGUUGAAGAUACCUCCUGCAACAGACUCUCUUCAGGCAUAUGGGAUACCACCAUGUGAUUCAGACGUGUGUUUGCAGACUGUUAGGAAUGAAAGCAUCUAAUGACUUCAAUCUGCACAAUCAGCAAGUUUUCUUCCCUUCACAGAGAGUGCAGGGAUUUUUUAUAAGCACUCAUUCAAGAGCACAGGAUGGAGGAGCUACUUAGAUCUGUCAUGUGUGUGUGCAUGUGUAUGUUUGUUCUUUUCAUGUAUAUAUACACACAUACACAUAUAUAUGUACAUCUGUGAAUAUAUAUAUGUAUGUAUGUAUAUAUAUACAUGGAGACAAACUGCACUAUGAGUACUUAGUUUAGAAGUACUAGACAGUCACUUAGAGUUCUCCUGUGGACAGUGAAGAAACUAUGUUAAGCAAACGAUGAUGGGGAGAAGUGACUGACAGGCAUUUUGGAGCAAUCAGAAAGUCUGUGUGCACACUGUACAGCUGUUUUAUAUAAUACAUAUAUAUGAUGUUUCUUGUUCCC